AUUCUAUGAAUUAUUCCGCCCGCUCCAGUUCGUGCGGAGGAGACCGCAGCAGGAAUUUCAGGGACAGCAGGAUGUAAAGAUCCAUCAUCCAUCCGAUCUCUUUCUUCCUCUUUGGUCUCUCCAAAUCUUCUUGCGACCGUGCCGUUCUUGGUCUUGCUCCCCAUUCGAUUUCGGUUGCUUCCUUCCCCCUUUUUUCUUGAAAAAAAAAACCACCUUUGGAUUUGCACCUCCCUUCGAAAUCCCAAUACCAGAGCUCGAAUCUUUCUCCCAAGAAUUCGCUUCCCCUCCGUCUCCUCUUUGCUAGGGGAUCUGAGGAGGAACCGUGAUGCGGCCGGGGUCCGGAGACGCACGGCAGCCGGGGCCUUACGCGCUGUACCACUUCGGCACCAGCGGCGCCGCCGUCGCCGCCGCCACCGCUGUCACCCACCCGCUCGGUAUACCACCAUUUUCGUCCUGCAGAUGUUAUCAAAGUUAGGCUUCAAAUGCAGCUUGCUGGGCAAAGAGGAGACUUAGCUGGAAUGGGGACAAUAUUUACACAAAUGGUCGAAAGGGAAGGGCCUCGGUCACUCUACCUGGGACUUGCACCAGCAUUGACGAGAUCUGUUGUCUAUGGUGGCCUUCGAUUAGGACUGUAUGAGCCCUGCAAACAUGUGUGCAGUUACGCAUUUGGUUCAACAAACUUUGCUUUUAAAUUUGCAUCUGGAGUCAUUGCUGGUGCUCUUGCAACUGCUUUAACAAAUCCAAUGGAGGUUUUAAAGGUGAGGUUGCAGAUGAGUACAAGCAGUACUAGUACAAUAGGAGAGAUGAGGAAAGUUUUAGCACAGGAAGGGCUCAAAGCACUUUGGAAAGGAGUCGGCCCAGCAAUGGCAAGAGCAGGAUGUCUCACUGCAUCACAAAUGGCAACUUACGACGAGGCCAAACAGGCCUUGCUGAAGUACACACCGCUUGAAGAAGGUUUUCAAUUACAUCUCAUCUCGAGUUGCCUGGCUGGAACAGCUGGUACUCUUGUGACUGCACCUGUAGACAUGAUCAAAACACGGCUAAUGCUGCAACGGGAGUCCAAAGGUGUCACGGUUUACAGGAACGGAUUCCAUUGUGCUAGCCAGGUUGUGCUGACAGAGGGCGUAAAAUCACUUUACAAAGGUGGAUUUGCCACCUUUGCGAGAUUAGGCCCUCAGACAACAAUCACCUUUGUUGUGUGUGAGAAACUGCGGGAACUCACGGGAAUGACUGCCAUUUAGUACCACCUCACAUCGCAAAGGAUGCAGUCCAAUAGAUGCCUAACUGGGCGGCAUACUCUAGCUUUGAGAUUUUGGCAACAUUUUUUCACAUUCAUCAUUCAUGACGAGGCGGAAAAUAUGCACCCAUAGCGAUAUGUCAGGAUUGGGAAGCCCAAGCUCCUUUCAGAUUUGCCAUACUUCAUUCUAAAUUUUGAAAUGGUGUGAUUGUACUUGUAUUGCUAUAGUUAGCACUUUCUUCCGAACGAAAAAUUGUUCAAAAAAAUGAAGCAUAUGGAUGGAAAAAGUUGUUCACUUC